GAGUGGGAAUUCUGAGGAGUAUUAAGUGUAUAUGACUCAAAUGAAAGACACGAGUCAAUCAAUAACUCGGGUUACAUCCGGUUGUACUGCCGGUGGCCAUUCUGACCAAGGUGAAAGAAAAUGAGGAAAAUAUUACAGAAGAAACAAGCGUCUGGUGUAAUCACCGGCUCACUUCUUUAAACUGUAAGCUAUUAAACUACGAAGCUAUUAAACUGUAAGCUUAACGCUGAUGUUGUGUUUUAGGCCUAUUCACACAGACGACAAACGUUACCCACCAGCAAAAAUUCAAACGGUGUGCUAAAACCAUUUUCAUACGUUUUGCAUGAAUUGGACUCCGAUGGCCCCUUGACGCUUGCAGAUUACGAUAGGAACACACCAGCAUGUGAAAUUGGAAGAAGCCUAGCCUACACAGCACGGAAAAUAUUGUAAACGCACUUAUCAGUCAGAUUAGCGCACGUUCCGCUGCAGCUCCUGGACGGAUGCCCAUUUUUGUGAGGUGUGUGUUCCUUUCCGUAAGAAGGUAAACCGCGAGACAGGUUCGUGGCGUCAGCAAGGUCCUGCUUUUCGCUCCACAAGGUGAUAUGAACAGACGUUGAAAUAUAGCAGGCAGCAACAGGCGACGGGAAACGGCAUCGCCGCAGAUUGCUUUUUACCUGUAAGUGCUAGACUUUUGGAUACUUUCGGGUUCUUCAACAAUGUUGAUUUUAAUGGACGAUGGGGCUGCGCCGUUUUUUGAAUUUUGACACUUGUGGUGUCUUACGUUUGAUUUAGUAGUCGGGGGUAUUUUGUGGAGGGGUGGAUUGGUAAAUUAAUAAAGGCCUAAGUAACUUUUGUACAUCGACUGACAUUUUCCCGAUGGAUUUAGCUGAUGCUCCGGACCAGCUGCGCUUGCUUUUUCACGCUUGUGAUGUGAAUAAUUCGGGACGAAUUGAAAAAGAGGAGUUCUUCAAAGUCUGCUCAGACUUGCACGUACGGCCGGCGGAAAUAGAGACCAUAUUUUCCCAGCUAGAUCUGGACAGGGACGGAUCGAUUAACUUUGAGGAGUUUAGGAUCGGAUUCCAGGGCGUUUCGGAGUUCGUAUUUUGGGGAGAGAUGGAGAGCGAGAACGGCGAUGGAUUCGCUCAGGCGUGGGAGACGUUCCAGAGCCGGCUUGGGGAACAAGCAAAAUUCAUUCCCAGGAGCGAACAGGCGGCCAUUUUGUACCAGAACAUCCAGCUGACGGAGCCCCGCAUCCUGCCGCAGUACGAGCGCGUGAUCACCAACUUCAUCCGGGAGGUCCAGAUACAGAGCACCGAGAUGGAGAGCCUGGCGCUCGCUGUGAAGAGAUCUCAGGAUAAGGCUGCCAUCCAGCUCAGUGAGAUGGAGGAGGAGAUGGAUCAGCGAAUCAGAGCAGCUGAGGGUCUCACAAAGCAAGAGGAAGGGAAGAGGGCAGAGAUGCAGAUGGUGCUCUGCGAGCUGAAGAGGCAGUACGAGUCCGAGGUCUGUGAGCUUCAGCUGAAGAUUCAGAAGAUGCAGAUGAUUGAAGAUCAGUACAAGAAUAUCAACCUGAAAGAAGAGGUGGCUGCACUCAAAAGAAAAAUCAGUGAAUUGUCUGUGGAGAAUCAGAGGCUAAAGAAGGACCUGCUGGAGUCCCACACGAAUAUGGCCUUCCUACAGAGUGAGCUGGACGCUCUGAAGAGUGACUACACUGGUCAUUCCAUCAACUGUGAGAGAGAAGAGGCGUUGAGAGGAUACAUAGAUGAACGGGACAGUUUGGAGCGACAGAUAGAGAUCCUGCAGUCAGCCAAUAGGAAGCUCCACGACAGUAAUGACGGCCUGAGGUCGGCCCUGGAGAGCAGCGUGAGCAAAUAUAACCAAUGCCUGUGUUAUAAUUUGCAGCGCCUUCAAACGUCGACGGGCGACACCCUCUCCAUGGCCAGCCCCAGACUGAGCGAACUGCACUCUUCCUGUGGCCGGACGUCCGGGUCUUCGUUCCAGGACGAGGACUGUGAUUCGCUGGCGCUGUGCGACCCCAUGCGGAGGCGGAGCUGUGAGGUGGACAGCCUACCGGAGAGCUGGUUCGACAGCGGAACGUCCACCAUGCGCGGCUCCACCGGAUACGACUCCGAGGCCGACGCCCGGCAACACAAGCCACGGCGACCGGACAGCCUGGCAGAGUACGCCUACGAAAGCGAUGCUCUGGAUCUGCCGGACGGGUCGGACAGCAGCUCGAUUCUGGACUGGAAGCCUUUAGAGCCGAUCAGCAGGAGCAGCCCGGCAACCUUGACCCGGAAGUGUCUGUCUGCUCAGGUGGACUCUGAGGACCCAGGCGUGAAGCUGACGGGUUCUGAGCGCGUGCACAAGAUCGUUCUGGCCGGCGAUGCUGCCGUCGGGAAGUCCAGCUUGCUGAUGCGACUCUGCAAGAACGAGUUCCGAGAGAAUGGCAGCACCACACUGGGGGUGGACUUCCAGAUGAAGACUCUGGUGGUGGACGGAGAGCCAACAGUUCUGCAGCUCUGGGACACCGCAGGGCAGGAGAGGUUCAGGAGUAUUGCCAAGUCAUACUUCAGACGAGCUGAUGGGGUCCUUCUGCUGUAUGACAUCACGUGUGAGAGAAGCUUCCUCAAUGUCCGAGAGUGGAUAGACAUGAUUGAGGACAUAUCCCAGGACAACAUUCCCAUCAUGCUCGUGGGGAAUAAGGCUGAUCUCCGGGAGCAGGCCCUACAUGAAGGAAUCGAAUGCAUUACCACCAGCCUCGGGGAGAAGCUCGCCAUGAACUAUAACUCACUGUUUUGUGAGACCAGUGCCAAAGAAGGCUCCAACGUGAUCGAGGCUGUGCUGCACCUGGCAAGGCAGGUGACUAAGCGGAUUCGUGAAGAUGAGGAUAAGGACUCUGUCACCAACCUGUCACGCGUGCACAACCGAAAAAUCUCCAACGUCACCUGUUGCACCGGAUAAACCAUGCACGCACUCCACGUGUCUGCCUGCCCCUCAGAACUACGUGUGUGUGUGGUGUGUGUGUGUGUGUGCAUGUGUGCGUGUGCGUGUGUGUGUUUGUGGGUGAGACCGCUCCUCACAGAACUGUAUAUGUGUGUGUGUGCGUGUGU